CGGUGAAGGCGACGGCGACGGCGACGCGGGGCCCGGAGGGCGGGAGGCGGGGCGGAGGCUCCUUCCCCGCGCCGCCAUGAGCGCCAACGAGGACCAGGAGAUGGAGCUGGAAGCAUUGCGUUCCAUUUACGAAGGAGACGAAAGCUUCAGAGAGUUGAGCCCCGUUUCAUUUCAGUAUCGGGUGGGAGAAAAUGGCGAUCCAAAAGCUUUCCUGAUAGAAGUGUCCUGGACGGAAACGUACCCCCAGACCGCUCCGGUCAUAUCGAUGAAUGCUUUUUUCAACAACACCAUCUCCUCUGCCGUGAAGCAGAGCAUAUUGGCUAAACUGCAGGAAGAAGUCGAAGUGAAUCUCGGCACAGCUAUGACCUACACCCUCUUUGAAUACGCCAAGGAUAAUAAGGAACGGUUCAUGGAGAACCAUCAUCCCUUCAGCUCUGCGACGUCGAUAAGCAAUAGCAACUCAGCCGAGACACCUAAUACAGCCCCAUCAAGUAAGAAGAAAGACAAAAAGGAACAGCUUUCCAAAACGCAGAAACGCAAGCUGGCGGACAAAACAGAUCACCGAGGGGAACUUCCUCGAGGAUGGAAUUGGGUCGACGUGGUCAAGCACCUGAGCAGAACCGGCUCUAAGGAUGACGACUGAGGAGCGGACCGAGGUCCGAGGAGGACGUCGGGAAACGGAGGUCGACACCUACCUCCCGGGCCCCUCUCCUCCCACCGGAGCGGCGUCUCAGAGGACACGGGCGUUGGGGAGAUUCCCGGGCGGUCGGCCCUCGGGGGCACGGGCUCGGGCCCACGCUCGCCGGCCCGACGCCCCUCCCAGGAGGCCGGUGGGCCCCGCGGGCCGUCCGGAAGAGACGAAAGUCCACGCCGGUAUCCGCGGCGUCCAUCUCUCCGUCUCCCCCCCCCCGGGGCGGGUGGGGCUCUUCUUCCUCUAAAAGGACUAAAAAGCCGGUUCGUCUCCCUCGAGUACUUUUUGGCAAAUGCGCAUCCCACCCCGAGCCAAACCCGGUCCACGCGAAGGCUCCGGUCGCCCCCCCCGCCCCUUACGGUUCCUUCCCCCGGCGCCCGGUGCGAAGAUGGCGACGGGGGGCCCAGGGCGGCCGUCCCCCUCCGCUUCCCGGGUGUGUCUCGGACCGGGGCGAGACCCCGCUUCCGUCCUGGCGGUCGGGGCCGGAGGAGACGGACGACCGGUAGCGAGGGAGCCCGUCGGACUCGCCGAAACCCUCCCUCCGCCGCAUCUGCGCUCAGAGGGCACCGGAUGCCUUAAUGUCCUUUCAUUUUCUAGCGGUAGAUUUGGAUUUUAAUAAAUUCCUAUUUAUCGGCC